CGCCUGCUCCUGCUCCUCGGGGCGCUGCCGCUGCUGCUCCUGCCGCGCGCCCCCGGGGUGCGAGGUGACUGCGGCCCUCUCCCGGUGGUCCCUCUCGCCAAGCCGGUUUCCGGAGGAAGCACCAGUUUUCCUAAGGACACCAAGGUGGAGUACAGAUGUGACCCAGGCUUUGUCAAAGUCCCAAACUUGCCAAACGCCGUGGUCUGCCUUUCCAACAACAAGUGGACAGACAUAAAGCAAUUCUGUAAUCGUAGCUGUGAUGUUCCGCCCAGGUUGAUUUAUGCAGCCCUCAAGGAGAUUUACAUCAAGAUGAAUUAUUUACCACCUGGUUCCGUUGUCGAGUAUGAGUGCCGGCCGGGUUUUAGAAGACUGUAUCCUCUAGUGGGAAAGUCAACUUGUCUUGAAAACCUAACCUGGACCGCACCUGAUGAAUUUUGUGAAAAAAAAUCAUGUCCUACUCCCAGAGAAAUAGAAAAUGGUCACAUCAAUGUGGCAACUGACAUACUAAUGGGUUCUCAAAUCUUCUUCUCAUGUGACGUAGGGUAUAGAUUACAAGGUGUAGCUUCUACUUUCUGCAUGGCUGUAGAAAAUGGUGUUGAUUGGAGUGACGCAUUUCCAGUGUGCACAAAAAUUUUGUGUCCGGAACCACCACAUAUCAAAAAUGGACAGAUUAUAAACGAACGUGACACUUAUGAAUACAGACAGGUUGUAACAUAUGAAUGUGAUAGAGGCUUCGCCAUGGUUGGAGAAAAGCAGAUUUUUUGUACUGUAACAGAUGACACAGGAGAAUGGAGUGGCCCACCACCUGAAUGCAAAGUAAAUGCUCCAACUACAAGAAUCCGACCAACACCUCAGAAACACACUACAGUAAAUGCUCCAACUACAGGAAUCCAACCAACACCUCAGAAACACACUACAGUAAAUAUUGCAGCUGCAGAAGUUCAACCAACUCCUCAGAAACCCACCACAGUCAGUGUUCCAGAUGCAAAAGUCUCACUCAUUCCUCAGAAAACCAUCACAAUAAACAUUUCAGAUACAAAAGCCCCACUAACUGCUCAGAAACCUCCCAGGGCAAAUAGUUCAGCCACAAAGACCCCAGCAGCAGCUCAGACAUCCCCCCUGCCACAUGUUCUGUCUACAGUGACCACACUGGCAGCCCAGAAUUCCGCCACGGCUAACACUUCUGCCACACAGACCGCACCAACAACCCCAAUACUCACCACAGCAAAAGCUUCCUUUACACAGACUCUUCCAGCAAGACAAAAGUCCACUACUAAGCAUGUCUCAGGUACACAAAGACUCACCUCUGCUCGUAUUACAGCAACGUCCCGUCCGCCUGUUUCCAGGAUAAGUACACGUCCUCCUACAACAGCAUCUGAAGAGAAAGGGUUGUCUUCAGGUACAAAAAGUCUCAUAUAUGGAUUUGUUGCUGGUACUGUAAUAAUUGGUAGUCUAUUUGUAGCCAAGGUUUUCUGGGACCGUGGAAAAUCAGGCCAUUAUAUGACACAAGAGAACAACAAAGCACCCAUUGUUAAUACCUCAAAUGAGGCUGAUGCUACCUCAGAAAUAAGACCUCUUUCCGAUAAAUUACAAAAGGACACUCAUUAUAAAAUUGACGAUUUUGCUUGUGAUGCUAGUAACCGCUGGCUACCUGACAUAGCCAAAGAAGAGUUAAGAAGAGAUCGUCCCCAAAUACUCGGAAUAUUUCUAGCUUGUUACAAGUUCCUGGAGAAACACAGAUACAAUAAACCCAGUAGUGCCCUCUGCUUUGCAUGUUGCCCUUUAUCUUUUUUAGGGUAUGUUAGGAAUGUCAACAAAACAAGGGGGCAGGAGUCCAUCUGGAAGGAAAUUCUCAACGCACCUAAAGCCUCUUGAAAGUAGAAGGCCUUGCAGAAUUGAGAAGAUCACUUUCCUAAAAGUAUAGGAAAGUAGAGACAUUUGUUUAUGCUUACAGUGGGAGCCUGAAUUUCUAUCACUAGAUGUGUAAGCUUAUUUUUACUUGUAAAAGGAAAUAAAAAGUUUAAAACGUUAAUUGGAUAGCAGAAACAAAAUAUCUCAUAUUUUCUAAGCAAAAUUGCCAAAAAGAGAUGAACCAGAUUCUAAAAUAAUGCUUAAACUAUAAAGCACUUUUACAUAUUUCAUUAAAAUGAAUCUUUGGUUUUGGCAAAAUGUUUUAAAGGAAAAACAUACUAAUGAUCCAGGAAUGUAUGUUUCUUGACUUAGUUGGUGGCAAGGGAGGAACAGGAAGUAAAGGAGUUGCUUCUCCCUUUGUUGCAGAAUACAGAUAACAAAACAGGACUUAGUCUAAUACUUACAAGAUUGAUAAGCUGAAAUUUUGUACUUAGGACAGGCUGUUUUGUUUUGUGUUACUUUGUUUCCUCAGGAAAAGAGCCUUAUGAAAGAUAUCUUUGAUUUAAUGUCUUUAAAAAAGUACCCAGGAGCCAGAUGUAGUGGCACAUGCCUGCAAUCCCACCACUUGGGAGGCUGAGGCAGGAAGAUGGCCAUGAGUUUGAGACCUGCCAGCCUGAACUACCAGUGAGAGCCCCCCAAAGUAUCCAGAGAUAGAUAGUAAAAUAUUGACAUAAGGAAAGAUUCUGUAUUUCUGAAGUGAGAUGUUCAUAGCCAAAUUGUAAAUCUUAUUCUUUGUAACAUUAAUUUAUUUAUAUUUAUUUAUGUUGGUGAAUAUUUUGGUUCAUUUCAAGAAGAUAUGUAAAUGAAAAUUUAUUUUCCCUAAGUGGAAAUAAAUAAUCACAGUUUUUGGCCUCAUGUA